AUUGACUUUUGUGAUCAUUCUUUGUUCAAUCAAUUGAUGCAAAUAAUAAACUCAAGAAUUAGUAACAAAUCAAACAUCGAUUCACACGACUUAGAGAUUUGCUUCAAAUUGGUGUCACUUAUGGCUAAAAGUGAACAAAACUCGACGGCUUUGAAGCCAAAAGAUUCAGCGGUCAUGAAGUGGUCAACAGAUAACUGUUACUGCAAUCUGAACGCAAUCUCUGCUAAGAAGCCAUCCUAUGAACUAAACCUCAGUUUCCAAACCAGUUCUUCAGUGGACGCGAAGGAAAAGUUCUAUAAAACACUCGAAUUUUUCGGUAAAUGAGGCGCGAAAAGCCAUUUUUGUCUUAAAAAUUAGUUCAACCAUUGGUUUG